UCUAUCCCAUAACAAGACUUACAAAUAUAGAGCACAAGCGAUAUACUGCUUUAUUAGAUAGAAGGGUAUUAUUCUAAAAUGGCUAGGGUACAUGGUCUCGUUCUUCUUAGUUUAUUGGUUAUUUCGAGUUUGGUUAUGUUAACUGAGAGUCGGGUAGCAAGGAAGGACUUGGGAAUAGGUUUGGGUCUUGGGUUGGGGAUUGGUAUUGGUGGUGGCUCAGGCUCUGGCGCUGGUGCUGGUGCUGGUUCAGGCUCGCGGUCUAGUUCAUCAUCUAGCUCAAGCUCAUCAUCGAGUUCAAGUUCUGGUGGUUCAGGUGGGUCGGCUGGAUCAUCUGCUGGUUCGUUUGCUGGAUCUAGGGCUGGAUCCGGAUCUGGUAACUAAAUCUUAAAAAUAUGUGUGGAACAAACAUAAGUGUGAAAUUGAAUGUAAUGUUUUUAUUUUCUAAGACUUCGGUAUGUAUUACGCUAGAACUGUGUGGAUUGAAUAAAUCAUCCAUGUAACUAAGUUGUGUUUUUUUCCUUGCAAUAAGCUAAGUAAUGUUUUUAUUACAAAAAGAAGCUUGUUAAAUUUUAGUACCUUUAUUACAACGAAAAUGUUACUCCCUUAAUUUUAAAA